CAGCAUCGUUGGGAGUGGUGGUAUGUCCAGUUCUGUGCAAUACCUUUUUGGUAAUGUUGACGAAAAGGGAAACUUGGAUAAGGAUGUUUUAGAUGAGGAUCUUCGAGAAACUCUUAAUUCAAGAGAAGCAACAGAGUAUUUGGAUCGAAUCUUUACCAGUGUUUUAGAAAUUGAUGAUAGCUCGACAGGAAAUGCUGCAGAUAAUGCAUUUCGAGUUCAACCAGCUGCAGAUGCUGUGGAUUAUUCAAAUUUUCAAGAGCUAGCUGAUGAUCAAUCUUCUACUGCUUUAUUACCUCAAUCACAAGAAUCUGUUCAAGCACAUUCAUCCUAUCCAGUACCUUUUCAACCUUCGGGAUUCCCUGCUCCAUUUUCACUCCAGCAGACAGUCAAUAUUCAGCGAGCAACAGAUCUUCAAGAUGAUUAUGAUGAUGAUGGGGAUACUGCUCAGGAAGAUCAACAUACAUCCCAAUCUCAACCAGCGCAAUCACAGUUCAUGCCAAUGAUUCCAAUCUCAACUAUCCAGCCAUUUCAAAACAUUGCUUCGUCUGUACCAUCUUUACCAAACAUACCACAAAUUAUGCCAUUUAUGCCUGUAUUCCCAACAGUAAACUUAAACCUUUCUCAAAUACCUAUACAAGCACCGGCAAAAGUGUUUACAAAGGAGCAAUUAGCCAAACUGUUUCCUGGAUAUGAUCAAGGAAGACUUCGGUUUUCACAGCUUUUUGCUGGAAAGAUAUCCAAACGUCCAACUCACUUGCGUACAGAUAUUUCAAAAAAACUUCGAAAAGAUCAAUUUUAUGAUGUAAUGCGUGACGACAGAGAUUUAUUUGUAAAAUGUAUUCCAACACGGCUUCCAAUAGAGUCGUACAAGCAACCUUUGCCAGAUCAUAGUACUGAUAAUGUAGUUGCAGUAUCCGAAGUAGUUGAAUCUGAAAAGUUGGAAUCCAAAAUAAGCGUAGUCGAUGACCAUCUUUUGGCACCUGUCAUGCUAGAGUCGUGGGAGGAAAAUAUUGUUUGGGAUAUCAAUGACAAAGAUGAGGAUGUGCCUAUGGACUUUGAGAUGCCUAUCAGAAGAAAGGAUCGAGCUCGAUUUAGAAACACCCAUUUAGACAAGGACGAUUGGCUUGAGGCUGUUGUGUUUGAUGAAGACACUCCAUCAGUCAAAGUUCCCUUUCAUCUUGACGAUCCACGACUCGUUAUAUCAAACGAAACCCUUGUUGGUAUUCAAAAGCGUGCAAAAAAUCCACCUGCUUCACAGUCACUCUUUUACAAACAGCGCCCUGAUGGAAAACUUAUUGAUCGAUUUAAUAUAUCAGAGGACUGGCUUUAUGAAGUCACAAAACCAAGAACUGCGCGUGUUCGUCAAACACAUGGUCCUGUUAGCAUUCAGCACUCGCUUCCUGCCAUCAAAAUGCAUCCUCAAUAUCUGAAACCUUUGCUGCAACUUCGCGAACUCCGGUCAUUCCAUCGCCCUGCAUUUAAAUUCAUAAUUGGCGAGGUCGUUCAAUUUUCUCGACCAAAAGCAGUCAAAAAACGGCCCAAAGAGAUUGAUCCUUCUGAUCUUAUGCGAACUCCAAAAGAUAUCAGUCUAAGAGAUACUUCUAAAUUUGUUCUUGUGGAGUAUUCUGAAGAGUAUCCUCUGCUGAUGCAAACAGUCGGUAUGGCCAGUUUGAUCUACAACUACUAUCGUAAAAAGGACGAAAAGGAUAAUUUUGUUCCAAAGAUGAACAAUGGCGGCGCAUACAUUCUCGAGUCUGUUGAUGCAUCACCUUUCUUUGGAUUUGGUGAUGUCAGACCUGGUGAAACAAGACAAGUCUUGUAUAAUAAUUUAUUGCGAGCGCCUAUUUUCCCACAAAAUGCUGCACCUACUGAUUUUUUGAUGAUAAGACACUCGUAUCACGGAAAAGUAAAAUACUUUAUUCGGGAUAUUCCAAAUAUGUACAGUGUUGGUCAAAUCUUUCCUGUGCAAGAAGUUCCUCGUCCUCAAGCUCGGAAAAUCACACAGUCUCUCAAACAGCGAUUGCAGGUGGUAUCAUUUCGACUUAUGUGGAAGGACCCAUUUAGACGACUGAGGUUUGACAGAAUGAAAAAGUUUUUCCCCAUGUUUUCCGAUCUCCAGAUUCGUCAAAAGCUCAAGGAGUUUGCGCAGUACUUGAAAAAAGGUGAAAAUACCGGAUGGUGGAAAUUGAAAAGCAGUGUCAAAUUGCCAGAUGAAGAUGGAAUCCGAAAAAUUAUUACGCCAGAACAGGUAUGUCUUUACCAAAGCACAUUAGUUGGUCAGCAACGACUUCGCGAUGCUGGUUAUGGCAAUGAUGAUCUUUUGGAUCUUCAAAACGAGGAAGAUGAAUCUACAUUGGACAUAGAAGUCCAACUAGCUCCAUGGGUCACUACAAAGAAUUUUGUGAUUGCAGCAUCGGGAAAGGGAAUGGUGAGGCUUUUUGGACGCGGAGAUCCUACUGGGUGCGGAGAAGGGUUUAGCUAUAUUCGUGCUUCUAUGAAGGAGAUGUUUUUCAAAUCCGGUCUUUCAAACGAAACUAAAAAUGCCUUUAUUAAUGCAAAAGCCCAGGCAACUUUCCACAAGUACUCUAUUGCUGAGCAACAAAAGGAAUACAAAGAAGAGAUUGAUCGCAUCUGGACAAAGCAGCUCAAGUCUCUUAGUUGUACCACAAUUCCUGAAGAUACUGAUCCUGCCGAUGCAGAACUUGAAAAUAUGAGAAGUAGCAAGCGGAAAUUAGAGAUUGAAGAGGAAAAGGAGCGUCGUAGACAAUAUGGCUACAAUGAUGCAUCCUCGCCUGCACCAUUUUCUCCACCAUCCAUGCGCAACGAUAAUAAUCAAUACUCGGAUGUUGAAGAUGAGGAUGCGGGUUCGAUGAUGGGAAGCACACUUGCCGGAAAAAAUAAAGUGCUGGUUAUUUCAAGAAUGAUCCGUAACGACCAAGGCGAGCUAGACUGGAAAUCAGAAGUCAUUACUGAUGGACGUGUAAUUAACGCAUAUCUUCGACAUCGAAGCAUUAUUGAAAAAAUAGAUGAAGGAGAUGAAAACUUUGACAUUUCCCUUUUGUCCGAGGAAGAACGCCGCGAGCUUAGGCAACGAAAAACGCGCGAGCAUGUUGCACAACUUCAAACUAAACUUGGCAAUAAACCAAUCUCUGGCAACCCUAACGAAGCUGCACAUUCUUCCUCUGUAGCCCCUGACUUAGAUGCCAACGUUUUAGCAGAACAGCAGCCAUCACGGUCAUUGGCUGGUGCUAACCCCGAGUCCACAUCUCAAACGCAAUUACAUUUACAAACUCAGCCGUUAAAAACGAUUCCACCUGUGAUUUUAAAGUUAAAUUUAGGCAAUUCCUCUUCAGUACCAACUUCUGCACAAUCAAAUGCCUCUUUACUCCCUGAACCGACAGUAAUUGCUAUAGACCAAACCACUAUUUCUUCUCGUAAACGACGCACAAUUGAUUUUCAUGGCACAAAUUCUCAGCCAACCAAGGCUGCUCGUAGAGGAAGUCCAAAAAUCGAGCUUUCAAACAUCCUAGAAACCAUUAUUAUGAAACUUGUUGGUACUUCUGGAGCAGAGCCUCUCUGUCAGCCUAAUAAGGCAGACGACUAUGCAAAAAUGAUAGCAAACCCGAAAACACUUGACCAAAUUCGCAAUGACGUUCGCAAUUUCAAGUACAAAAGCCAUAUUGAUUUUUGUGCAGACAUUGAAUUGGUUUUAAAAAACUGUAUAAUGUAUUAUGGAUCCGACCAUCCACUUACUGCUGUUUCUCGCCAACUGGUUGCUCAAGUUAAAGAUUACAUUACAGAGCAUGAAAAGGAUCUUGUUUUUAUUACUUCUGCUAUGGCUAUGAAACUAGCAUCAGCAAAUAUUCCCGCGUCAUCUAUAGCCACUGGUGACGUUCUCCAUUCUGAAGACACGACUGAUUUUGAUUCAGUCAUUGGUAAGCCUGCAACGCACCAACGUUCAAGCAUGUCCACGGCGCAUGUACUUUCAGCUCAGCCCGAAACCACUUAUUCCACUUUUGAUGUCAAGAACGAACCUGAUGUAGACAUUGAAUAAAAUUAUGUGUGAUUUAUUCUAUCCUUU